CACCGCUUCGAAGCAUCGCGAGUUGCCAUGUCGUCAUCGCUAUCUCCGGAGCACGCCGAGGGGAGCACCUCCCGGGCCUCCACUGAGGGCACCGACAAGGGCGUCCUGUCGUCGCUGAACCUCAACUUCUUCAAGUCCCUGUCGGACAAGAAGGUUACUCGCACUGGGAACCCGCCUAAGCGACGUGGACCAAAGCCAGACAGCAAGCCUGCCCUGACCCGGCGGCAGGAGCUCAACCGACAGGCUCAGCGUACCCACCGCGAGAGAAAGGAGCUGUACAUCAAGGCACUGGAAGAUGAGGUCCUCCGGUUAAAGGAGGUCUUCAGCACAAUCUCCCAGGAUAAGCAGAAGCUGUUUGACGAGAACAAGCAGCUCAAGGAGAUCCUGUCUCAGAGAGGCAUCCAGCUUCCGAGAGUGGGCGGCGUAGACGAGUCGAGCAGUGUCACGCACCCGAUGAGUGUAAGUGCCUCGGGCAACAGCUUCGCACAUGGCUCCCAAGGCGGCUUCUCGCCAGCUGGCACGUCACAUUCAACCUCCAUGUCCAUGUCGCCAGACAACCGCCAGCUGUCGCCCGCUGCCACCGGCGCUGAUCUGGAGCAGGCUGGCAUUGACUUCGUCUUAACGCUCGAGAGACCUUGUAUGGCGCACAUGCCAUUUUUGGUUGACAGAGCGAGCGACGCCGACGGCGCGCCGUGCGGCCACGCCCUCAUGGCGUCCUGCCCUCCUACGCCCUUUCAAGACCUGACACCGGACACUCCCUUCGGCCACACGCACACGCACCAACACGGCGGCGGCGAUGAGCUUCCUGCACAAGGCACGUGGGAGCUCAACAAGGCCGACCUGACCACGCUGCUGGAUCUCAGUCAGAAGCUCAACCUAGACGGGGAAAUCACGCCGGUCAUGGCAUGGCGCUUGGUCAUGUCGCACUCCAGGUUCGCCGAGUUGGCUCCGUGCGACUUUGAAAAGAUUUCUGGGGAGUUGCUACGAAAAGUCAGGUGUUAUGGCUUCGGCGCUGUCAUGGAGGAGUUUGAACUGCGGGAUGCGAUUGAGAAUAUCUUUUCGGGUCGCCCCGAGGCAAUGGUCUUUUGA